AUGCCACAAAAAGAUUAUAGAAGUCAAACCAGCUGGGAGACCGGAGUGGCCUCCAUGAUGCAAAACAGUCACAGUGGAGUAAACCAGCUGGGAGGUGUGUUUGUGAAUGGCAGACCUUUACCUGACACGACCAGGCAGAAGAUAGUGGAGCUGGCACACAGUGGAGCUCGACCCUGUGACAUAUCCAGAAUACUACAGGUGUCUAAUGGCUGUGUGAGUAAGAUCUUGGGCCGGUAUUACGAGACAGGUUCGAUCCGUCCUCGUGCAAUUGGAGGAAGUAAACCCAGGGUUGCUACUCCAGAUGUGGUCGGCAAGAUCGCUCACUACAAGAGAGAGUGUCCGUCCAUCUUUGCCUGGGAGAUCAGAGACCGACUGCUGGCAGAGGGAGUCUGCACCAAUGACAACAUACCCAGUGUUUCAUCAAUAAAUCGAGUGCUCAGGAAUUUGGCCAGUGACAAACAGCAAAUGGGCACAGUGGGACCUGAAGGGAUGUUUGACAAACUCAAGAUGCUCAAUGGACAAACUAGCUGGGGAGGACGUUCAGGGUGGUAUGCUGGGACUACACUCACUACCACUGAGUGUCCACAGGCAGAAGGAGGGGAGAACACAUUAUCAGUAAAUUCCAAUGGUGAGGAUUCAGAGGAGACUCAGAUGAGGCUUCAGCUGAAGAGGAAACUGCAGAGAAACAGAACAUCAUUCACACAGGACCAGAUAGACGCACUGGAGAAAGAAUUUGAAAGGACUCAUUAUCCAGAUGUGUUUGCCCGAGAACGCCUUGCAAACAAAAUAGACCUACCAGAGGCGAGGAUACAGGUUUGGUUUUCAAACAGAAGAGCAAAGUGGAGAAGGGAAGAGAAGCUGAGAAAUCAACGUCGUCAGGUGUCCAACUCAUCCAACCAUAUUCCCAUCAGCAGCAGCUUCAACACCAGUGUUUACCAGCCUCUACCACAACCUACUACACCAGUGUCCUUUUCAUCAGGAUCCAUGUUGGGAAGGUCAGAUCCAGUUCUGUCUAACAGCUACAGCCUCCCGGCCAUGCCAAGCUUCAGUAUGGCUGCCAGCUUGCCCAUGCAAGCAUCCAAUCAGACCUCUUAUUCCUGCAUGCUGCCCACCAGCCCAACUGUAAAUGGAAGAAGUUAUGAGACAUAUACCCCUCCACACAUGCAACCACACAUCAACAGCCAGUCAAUGACCUCUGCAACAUCGUCAACAGGUCUGAUUUCCCCUGGUGUCUCAGUUCCAGUGCAAGUUCCAGGAAGUGAAGCGGACAUGUCACAGUACUGGCCACGUCUGCAGUGA